AUCAUCUCUCUCUCUCUCUCUCUUGUACUGUGUAUUGGCAACAGACAAAUAAAAGAGGCCAGAAGAGUAGGAAAGAUUUCUCCAUUUUUUCCAGUUGACCAGACUGAAAAAGCCCACCAUGUUGUACGAAAACAUGCCAUUGAUGAUGAAAAUAUGAAAGAUGUUCAAAUGAUCAAAGAAAUCAGAUCAGUUGUUAUCCUCGUAAUUUAAAGGUCACAGGUUCAAAUCUUGACAAUGGAAGGAGGUCAUCAAGAAAGGAUAUUACACAAUAAUUAUGAUUUACAAGUCUCAACUCCUCAUGCCAAUAUCCAUGAAAUGGGAUUUUUACAUCACUUUGAACAUCAUCAAAACCAGGUCAUGAGUUUUUCAACUUCUCCUCUUGAUGGCGCGACGCCACCAACCGCCACCUGUACCCUAGCAGCUGCCACCAAUAACGGUAGCAGUUCCCUAGGGUUUUAUCACAGUGAACUUGUCAAUAGAUCUUCCUGGAAUAACGACCAGGUGGAAAUAGUGGAUCCCAAGGCAGUUAUUGACGAAAAUUGCAGCGGAAAUGCCAGCGAGGGUAACAAUUCGUGGUGGAGGAGUUCAGGGAAGGUUAAAGUGAGAAGAAAGUUGAGAGAGCCAAGAUUUUGUUUCCAAACAAAGAGUGAUAUUGAUGUUCUUGAUGAUGGUUACAAAUGGAGAAAGUAUGGUCAAAAAGUUGUCAAGAAUAGCCUUCAUCCAAGGAGUUACUACAGAUGUACACAUAGCAAUUGUAGAGUAAAGAAGAGAGUUGAACGACUUUCAGAAGAUUGUCGUAUGGUAAUAACAACGUAUGAAGGUAGACACAACCAUUCUCCUUGUGAUGAUUCAAACUCUUCUGAAAAUGAUUGUUUCUCCUCUUUCUAAAGUACCACGUACUUAUUAUAUAUGCCUUUGUGAGGAACAAGGAAGCUAAUUAUUUUUGUGUUGGGUUCGAUCGAAUUCAGUUGCUUUUCUUUCAACACUGUAUUUAUGUUAAGAAGUUCAUCAAAUAUAUCAUCAAAUUUAGAACGAAACCCAGUUGUUAGCAUUUGAAGUUCUUGUAUUAAAAUUCAAAACUCAUAAAAUUGAUAUCUUGGCUCCAUGUUAAGAAAUACUGUAUUGAUAUCUCAUAUGCACUUUC